CGUGCACGCCGACUUUAUCGUUUUUAGCGGCUGACUCUGAUCCAUCCUUUUUUUGACACCGUCGAUCUGUCUUAAAGUUCCAAGAGUGACAUCAUGCAUCAAUCUCAGCAACGUUCUCAACGGCCUGGCAAAUCACAGCGCCGGGCCCAAAUACCCACAAAUCAGGUCCGGCAUCGUGAAACCAUUCUUACAACACGACUGGUCCAAGCCCUCCAACGGAACAAAGGCCUCUCCCCCGAGAGCAUCGACUGGCCUAAGAGUAUCAUCCAAAAACCACUGAUGUCCUCAACAACAGAACGUCUGCACGAUUCCAAUGGCCCACAAGACCAAGACCCCCGCGAAUAUCAGGAUUUCGAGCAAGCCUCCGUGUCAAUGUCUUCGGCGUUCAAAAAGCCUCCCAGCGUUUGGUUUUGCCACAUAAUUGCUGUCGAACGUGCUGUUGCCGAGAUAGAAGAGGCGAACGAGAAGCAUUUCAAAGCCACUACAUUUCUGUACGCUGAGCAAUUACAUCGCCAGAAUGACGCGGCCUGA